GCCGCCGCGCAGCCCUCCGCCCUCGUCCCUCGCCACCCGCCGCCGGAGCUCGGACCAGGCGCCUGGCGCUCUUCGUCCGUCGCCGCGGCCGCGCAGCCCGGAGCCGGCGGGAGCCUCGUGUUCACGAUGUCGGUCGCGCUCAGCAACAGGUUCCAAGGAGGGAAGGCGUACGGCCUGCUCAAAGCCCGGCAGGAGAGGAGGCUGGCCGAGAUCAACAGGGAGUUUCUCUGUGACCAGAAGUACAGUGAUGAAGAGAACCUGCCCGAAAAGCUUGCAGCCUUCAAAGAGAAGUACAUGGAGUUUGACCUGAACAACGAGGGCGAGAUUGAGCGCUGCCCAGCUUUCUUUGAAAUGCCCUGGACAUCCUGGCACCUAGGGGCCUGGCACCAGUCCUGCCCACCUCACCACUUGGACCUCAUGUCUUUAAAGAGGAUGAUGGAGAAGCUUGGGGUCCCCAAGACACACCUGGAGAUGAAGAAGAUGAUCUCGGAGGUGACAGGUGGGGUCAGCGACACCAUCUCCUACCGAGACUUUGUGAACGUGAUGCUAGGGAAACGGUCAGCUGUCCUCAAGCUAGUCAUGAUGUUUGAAGGAAAAGCCAACGAGAGCAGCCCUAAGCCAGCUGGCCCCCCUCCAGAGAGAGACAUUGCCAGCCUGCCCUGAGGACCCCUGCCUGGACCCACCCCUGCCCUCCCUGCCCUUGUCGACUCACUGUGAUCUAUCUUUGUUUUGCUUGGUUGUUUUGCAUUUGUUUGUGGGCUUUUCAUCAGCAGAAUCAGUGAUCUCUGUGUAAAGCACAAAUUAUCUGCCUUAAAGGGGCUCUGCGUUAGGGAUCCUGAGCCUGGGUUACCCUCCCUCCCUAUUCCCUCCUUCUCCUCUCCCUGUGCAGAAGGGCUAACAUCAAACCAAAAACUGGAAUGGGGAGGGACGGGGAAGGGGGAAGCCUGUGAUCCCCACCCUGGGAGCUGGCACCAUCAUCCUGCCAGCAGGUCUUGGAGCUAAGUGCAAGCUCAAUGGCCUGGCCCUGGUGAGGAUCUCAGCCUAUCUGCAGGCCCUGGAGUAGGCACACGUCUGCAGGGCCUCGUUAGGAUUUUCUUGGAGAGCUCUGAGGUCCCGUGCUCCUGGGCUGCCCAGGAUGUGGCUGCGCGGUGUCCCACAUCCCCAGCUAAUCCCCCUUCAGUCCACACUUCUCCUCAGUGAAGUGAUGCAGAGGAGAGAGGCUUGGCAAUUUGAGUGCUUCAAGAGUGUUCCAGAAGUAAUCCUGUGACCUUGCCAUCCCAGCCACACCUUUACCGGCAGCUCAGUGGGCAGGUGCAGCCCCCUGUCCCUUGGCUGGGGCAGCAAAAGGCUUUGGAGACAGUGGAGGCCAGGGGCCUUGUGGGUAUGGUGGUCAGCUCAUCUCAGGCUGCCUUUUUGGGAGGACGCUGAGGGCAAGAGGAUCGGAGAAAGAGGAACAAACUGCUCAUGACAAAGAGUCAGCACCGCUGUCAAGCCACGAGCUGGAAAUCAGGAGUUUGCCCUUCUGAUCCCAAUCUGCUCAAAACCCAACUGCACUUCUCCCAUUUGCCUGCCACCUUGUGCCCCACCAUUCAUUCAUUCAUUCAUUGAGUUAUUCAGCAGAUAUUUAUUGACCAUCUAUUAUAAGCUUUAAGUCCCUCCAACUUUGUCCUGACGUGCUGUGUCCACUGUCUCUCUCUCAUCUGUCCAUUUCCAAUCGCCCAAAACCUUGAGCUUGGGGAUUAGAUUAGGGUCACCAGUGUCCUGUACUGUGGACUCACGGGGUUUUAGAGCCCUGAUCCACUCUGUAGGUUAGCUGGGCCAGUCCUCUCAUUUCACACGUGAGGAGACUGUUGACCUACAGGGAUUAAGUGCCUUGUCCAAAGGUGGGGUUAACCUAGAGAUGGAAAAGUCUGGACUGGCUCCCAGGGGUUUAGAUGCUCUGUCCAUGCCUCAUCUCCGGUUUGGGCUACUUCAGUCAGUGACGAAAUCAAGGGAAGGGGCAGGGAGGGGCGAUAUCUCCGAGAUCAACACUUGGGGAAGGCCCUGGGGCCAGACUCACCCUCCCCCGUGCCUCCAGGGCAGCCUUAGGGUUUGGGUGAGGGCCAGGCCUGUCUCUGCAGUUCUGCCUUCUCUAGACCUUCAUGGCCAGGCCACGUCUUAGAACUUGCACAGGAAAGUGUCAUAUUCAGCCCCAUCUUGGCUGAGCAGAGACCCCAGCCUUGACCCCUCCUGUGUUCUGGAGUCCCUUACCCUGUCCACUCAGGAUUCCGAUGCACCCAUCCAUUAUUUCUUAUUCAUUAACCACCAGGAGUGAAAUGGACAGACUCAUGGAAUUCAGAGUCCAGUAGAGAAAUCAGACCCAGAAAAUGACAGUGAGAUGAAUGUUAGGAAAAGGGCCUAUGGGGCAGCUGCACCGCAAUCCUGGGAGGUCUAACUGGGCCCAAGCUUGAUGAAGAGCUUGGAGAAGCCUUCACCAAACCGUAAGUGGAAAGGUCUGGGUGCUGCUGGAGGUUGGAGCCAGUGUGGUCUCCCUGCAGUCCAUUAGCGACCCAUAAUCAAGGGCCCAAGGAGCUGUUCGUACAGCAGCUUGAGGGUGUGGAGCGGGUAGGGGAUGGGGAAAUGGCCAGGUUGGGUCAACCUGCUUGUCCCAACCGGUUCAGGAACAAGAUUAUUCAGCCACGAUUUGCUGAUCUUCAGCCUAAGGAGCUGCUUCAAAUGCACAGAGCCAGUUGAAGUCUAAAUCCCAGCAAAACAUUUCUCCCUGUAAAAGUAAAAUCUCACCCCACCCCC